CCAAUUGUUGUUAUCGCCCUGUUGCAAAGUGUGCAGCCGUGCAACGUGAGAGUUCAUGUCAAUGUCAAUGUACAUAUCUCCAUAUCUCUUGUUCUCGCCAGUAGCUAUCGUUCGAAUCCGUCGUUGUAUUGUUUUUAAGAUAAUGCCUUCAUCCUUUCGUGCCGUUCCUGUGUUGUCCUUUGACUGCAGUCUUUACUAAAAUCGUUCGACAACCAGAUCGUCAUCACUCUUCGUGCGUCGCGCUUAUCAGAUCACCGCAAAAAAACCGUGCAAUUUCCGUUAAGUACCCCUGGCAUUUACUGAAUUACUCCACAGUGAUCGUAUAUGAAUUCAUAAUGCGCAGUUGUGUUUAACAUUUCGCUGUCAGUUGUGUUAUGGCAUUGCUCAGUUCAUUUGAACAUGUGUGUGAUUAUAAUAACGUAGGUAGUGUGAGGUUAUGCAAUAAAGAGGAUUAUGCUAUGUCGCCGGAGACGAAAAGACAUAUCCCUCCAACCUCCGACACCAUCCAAACGAAGCCAUUCCCAAUCCGAGGCGAACGCGCCAACUAUGUCAACAGUCCUCACGUCAUUGCCAUGGUAGGGCUGCCAGCCCGAGGUAAAACUUACAUUUCCAAGAAGUUGUCCAGAUAUCUGAAUUGGAUUGGAAUCAACACCAAAGUGUUUAAUUUAGGAGAAUAUAGACGACAUGCAACAACCGCUUACAAAAGCCAUGAGUUCUUUAGACAGGACAAUAGAGAAGCGAUGGCAAUCCGAACACAAUGUGCCAUUGAUGCUCUUCAUGAUGUCUGCUCAUGGCUGGAUAGAGGCGGUGAAGUAGCUGUAUUUGAUGCAACCAACUCAACUAUGGAACGUAGGAGAAUGAUUCAUGAUAUUGUUGUAGAAAAAAUGGGUUUCAAACUGUUUUUUGUGGAGUCUGUCUGUGAUGAUCCAAAAAUUGUUGAACAAAACAUUAUGGAAGUCAAAGUAAAUAGUCCUGAUUACAAAGAAAUGAACACAGAAGCAGCGCUCCAAGAUUUUCUACAGAGGAUUGAGCAUUAUCAAGAAAAAUAUGAAGCAUUAGAUGAAGCUCUGGAGUCUGACUUAAGUUUUAUGAAAAUAUAUAACACAGGGGAAAAAGUAGUUGUUCACAAACAUGAAGGGCACAUUCAAGCCCGAAUAGUUUACUAUUUAAUGAACAUUCAUAUUGUUCCACGAACUAUAUACUUAAGUCGACAUGGCGAAAGUGUCCAGAAUAUGGAAGGUAGAAUUGGAGGAGACUCAGAAUUAUCGUGGCGAGGUAAACAGUAUGCAAAUUCACUGGCUCAGUACAUUCAGCAGCAAAAUAUUUCCGGCCUAAGAGUAUGGACAUCCUGGUUACAACGAACAAUACAAACAGUCGCCAGUGUUGCUGCCCCUCAAGAAAGAUGGAAAGCACUAAAUGAAAUAGAUGCAGGUAUCUGUGAAGAAAUGACGUAUGAAGAAAUAGCAGAAAAAUACCCAGAGGAUUUUGCUGCCAGAGACCAAGCGAAAUUUACCUAUCGCUACCCUCGUGGAGAAUCCUACGAAGAUCUCGUAGCAAGGUUAGAGCCUGUGAUAAUGGAACUAGAGCGCCAAGGAAAUGUAUUAGUCGUUAGUCAUCAAGCAGUCAUUCGGUGUCUUCUUGCAUACUUCCUUGACAAAUCAGCCGACGAGCUACCUUAUCUCAGUGUACCCCUUCAUACCAUCAUUAAAUUAACACCUGUUGCGUAUGGAUGUAAAAUGGAACUUGUCAAAUUUGCAGUUGAUGCAGUUGAUACUCAUCGACCAAAGCCCAAGGGAGAUGCUAAAGUUUUACAUUCAAGAUAUUGUCGAAUGGUCCAAUUUUCUUCUUCUGUAUGGUGUGAUGAUGAUCCCAGGUCUUUUGGAAGACAAAUUCAAGAAGGAACAAUGGGAAGCCAGUGCAAAGAGUGCUGGUCGAUGACCCGGAACCGAAUAGAGACCAUUCUUUCAUCAGACAAUCUCUCCUGAUCAUUGCUGCUUUGUGCCAAACAAAAUGUCUUCAUUGCAAUAUUGCAUAAUUUUUUAUAUUCCUAAAUAUCAGUUUUUUUCUUACUCUCUAUCAUUUUUGGAUUCGUUAUUACUUUAAAUACUUUGGGAACGAAAUAUUUUUUGACAUUACCCUUGUAGCAGAGCUGUGUGAAAAAAAAAAGUUAAGGGAAAAAUAAUAGGUAGGUAUCGGAUGUAUUUAUGUUAUGGAUUUUUAACCAAAGUACAACGAUUAUACAGACCAACAAUAAACGAUAUUUUGAAAAACUUAUAAAGUGAUUGAAUUCAUAUAUAGCACUAGUAUCUAAGUAUCUAGAAUUCUAUUUAAUAGUUAAGUAACCUAAAGCAUAAUUGUCUUAUGACAUAAUUUAUAUCACGGUUGCACAUUGAAGGUUACUACGAACAGAUCACGGUUCGAUGCCUAAGUCGAUUAGACAGUGGUGAUGGUUUUGCGAAGAUGCGUUAAAAUUCAGUAAAACGAGGGGAAAAUAGGCUCAUUUGAGCUUUUUCCCACUGUAACGAGUUUUUCAGUUUUAUAAUUAAUUUUAAUGCAUUCUAGCAAAAUCACCAACACCCCCAUCUAAAAAAUCUUUUCGGCAGCCUUCCUACUAUCAUUCUAUUAAAGUGAUCAUAUCAGAACCAGACUAUCUGUCUGGUCAAUACUUCAAAUGCAAUCUAUCAAUAUGGACUCAAUCCUCUUUAGAAUUUCCUGUCUAACUCCUCCAGAGUUCCAUAUUUGUUUAUCUUGACAAAUCCUGUUUCCAUUUCCUCAGCUACCAAAGCUCAUAUCCACAUGCUUGUCACAAUAGCAUAAAAAAUUCUCCUCUUGUUCUCCAAAAUUUGAUGAUCUCAGAGAAUACUCUUCAACAUCACUGUAGCCUCUCUUCCAAGGGGUUCUCUAUCCUUAGUGACUUGGUCCAUCUUUCCAUCCUGGGUCAAUUACAUGCACACCUGAGUACUCAUUUUUUGCGCAGCCUUUGAAAAUCUUUCAUCAACACUAGGACACCUUUCAAUGGUUAUUUUGACCUGUAGAAAUUGCUCUUGCAGUUGGGAAAUUCUGUAUAAACUGCAUAAUAUCACUGAAUUUUCCUCCUUUUUUUUCUCUUUUAUUUUUUUCUAAGCAGCUACCAGGAUAAUUUUAAAGAUUCGGUUUGUGUGGCCCAAGUAGCAGUGAUUGCAAUAAGUUGCGAUUUGAUCGAAGAAUGUAUCUCGAUUUUAUCGACGUCAAUUUAUAUUACAAUAUUAUUAGAUAAAAAUUUCGAUUUCAUCGCUUAAAUUUGCAAUAAAAAAGCAAUUUUAUUGAUUGCGAUUUGUUGCAAUAUUAUCAAACCCAAAAUCGUGAUAAAUUGAAAUAAAAUUUCGAUUUUAUCGAACGCGAUUUUGUAGAGAUAGAAUUCCGACAAGAUCGAGGAUAAUUGCUCAGAUGUUGAUGAUCCCAGCAAUUUUAUCGUUUAAAUCGUUGAAAAUCGCAACUUAAUUGCAAAAUAUUCCGGAUGUAUAAAAAAAAAUGUAUUCUUCCGUUGAAAAUUGCUACUUGGGGAGAGUGAAAAUUAAAUUUUGUGUUAUUAGGCUGUAAUCCAGAUCAUGUUACUCUGGCAGUUGUCUAAUUCCUGCAUUCCUAUUUUUAAGUACAUAAUGUUAACUCAUCAUUGUCUGUCUGCUAAGGUGGUCCAAUCCUACAUUUCUCUAAAAAUUUGAAAGUGUAGUGUGAAAAAAUUGCCUUAAGUAGUACUAAGAGUACAUCUUUCUUUUUAAAAUCAUUGAAAUUAAGAUGUUCCCUAGGUCCAAGCUUCUGUUUAGCACUUUCUGAUUUUAGCCAAAAAUCCAGUUUUCCACUGAAAAUUCUGCUGUCGUGAGUUGGUGUUAUAAUUGCUGUGUAAAUGUCAUUCCCAUAUAAUUUUAAGCAAAAAUGUUCGUUAUUUUCCUCUCCAAAAAUCAAUAUAGAAGAUGCGAUUUUGAAACUCUGCACUGUAGAUGUGACCACUGUGCUUAGUUUUAUCCAACAUUGCGAUAACCUUUCUUCAGUGUUUGGAUUUUAAGGAUGCAAAAGGAGAAAAAACAAAAUUGGCAGAUUGCAUUCAUUGGACAGGGAGUCUCAAGGGUACGGUAACCACUCAUUUGUUGUGAAUUCAUAAAAAAUGUAUCCUCAGUAUCACCAAAUGUUUUACAUCGCAAUUAUUCCAGUUUCAAUUUAGCCACUGUUUUUUGAUCCUGAGAAACCUGUGGGAUUGGAUCACACUAUGUCUGCUGCAGGCCAAACAUUUUUUAAUUUUUCAAGAGUGAGCUUAUUUUGUAGAAAUAUUAUACAUUUUAGUGUUUUAAAUAGAUUGUUAUUAAUGGUUGGCUCAGAAGAUUAAGCACCUUGUGUCACGAUUUAUAGCACUUUAAACUUCUUGUCACAUAUAACAAUGGGGAAAAUAAGAAAAAAAUAUCAUCUCAAUUUGCCCAAAAAUCUCUUGAGCCACUCAACUCUACCAAAGAAAUUUUUCCCCCUCUGAAGAGCUUUGCAGAUUUCAUGUGAAUUUCACAAUAACAGUUAAUUUGUUUUGAAAAAACAAACUUGAGCCAGAAUUUUGAAUCAUGGCAGUGGUUAACUGUUUCACCAUUAAUGUAUUCAUUUUUUUUUUCUACACAAAAUGGGAACAAGAUGACAUGGUCCUCUCUGAAAUGUUACACCUCCCAGUUUACAGACGAAACAAUACUGAAAGCCAUUGCGUCUGUGAUGCUGCCAUUAGUUGUGUUCUAUGGCUGUUUGAUUAUCACUGUCCUUUUCAAUGUAACGUCUGUGAAUUUUCCUGCCAGAUCAUUUUUCCAGUGAUGGACCUGUGAGUAGACUAUUGUUUAACCAUGGCGUUUUUGAACAGCAAAUUUGAGAUGAAAGGUACAGAAAAAGGUACAUCGAAGAAAAGGCACAAAUUGAGUCUAUUAAUCAAAGUUACAGAAUAAGGCCACUAAUAAAAAGUUGUAAUAAAACAAAAGAUUUGUUAGCAUGCAAAAGCGUCCUCUAAAACGUUUAACUCUUAAUUAAUUCAUGAUCCUCCUACUUGCGACCAAAAACCAAUCCAAAGAAUGCCUCAUUUUUGAAAACCUGAUAAUUUUUUGAGUGAAAAAUCACCACAUAUCAAGUAGAGGACAAGAUAUUUUUUUUUUUUUUUAACUUACUGUACUUGGUAAAGAGUUCAUUUGAGGUUUGAAAAUAUUUUUUAUCUUAAGACUCUGAAAAGGAAUCAACGUUAGAUACAUUUGUAUAAUAGUAAUUCACUUUUUCCUUUAACCACACUGAUUUAAGUUGUUUUUUACAUUGAUUAUUAUUUGUUUAAACCACUCCAGAUAAAGAAUAUUGAAUUUAUACCCAAGACUACCUCUGAUUUACUAGGCUUUCAGACAUUUUAUUCAUCUUAGCAAACUUCUUAUCCUUAGAAAACAAAUAUGUAACAAAGGUCGACAAUAAAAAUCCAUUGUGAUACCCAAUUCAAUGCAGGAAAGGGUUCCUGCAAACGGAUGAUCGGUUCGGCUUGCUCUGUUGCUUCUUCAUGCCUAUCAGUUUUUCAGCUGACGCUCAACUUAUUUUAUUAAGCUUCGUUUUCAUGGACUUUUGGAACUUUUUUAUGGCUAACAGGAAGUGAGAAGGCUCAGAUUAUUUUUUUACCAUUAUUUCUCCAUGAGAGGAUGUUCUUGCUUCCUCAUAAUGUCACUGAGUAGGAAAAUUUGUCUUAUUUGGUUCCUUUUUAACCAGUUUAUUUUUAGUACUCACUGUUUGAAUGCUCUUCUUUUAGUCAUUGUAAAUAUGAUUUGGGUGGCCCAGAUUCUCUGUGGACAUGCCAUCCUUCAUCUUUCACUUUGUGGUGGUAUUAGUCGGAAAUUCCAAAAUUGAGUGAACUUUAUUGGUGCUUUCGAGGCUAUUUCUAAAAUGUAGAAGCAAAGCUGGUGACUGAGUGAAAGAGACGGAUAGACCGGCUGGAAGAGAUUUUCAUGGCCUGAUUUAACAAUUUUGCUGCCCCCAGAUUUCGAAAUUAAUGACCUGAAAUUCCUCUUUCUCUGCUUUCCGGUUGUUCGUGAUUUUACUUUGCAGUGUAACGAGAUUGAAAGGAAGGGGAAACCAUUAAUUUCAAAAUCCACCUCCUCAUUUCUAUAACUGCCCACCUGAGGCUCUAGCUCCCAAAGAACCCUCCUAAAGCCAUGCUUUGAGGUUUUGUGUGUUUCUCUUCCCAUUUUCAUCAAGAUACCUUUCUUUCUUCUAUGCUCUGUAUUGGCAGUUACCGAAUUAUUUUCCUCUUGAAGUCUUAAAAUAUUCCUAAGUUUAAACCAACAGAUUGCAGUUCUCCUCCAGUUGUUAAUAUAUUUUUCCGCAGGCUUGAAUUUCAUAUAACAGUCAUGAACUCAUAGUGAUAUUCCUCUUCUGUAUUUACUGUGCAAGUGCUUGAAUAUUUGAGCUAGUCAUCUAAUUGGUUGAUGCAAAGAAAAAAUAAAAGUAGCUGCAUUGUCCUGAAUCAGGAAAAAUUCUCUUUGAAUGGCCUCUCCUAGUGUGCAUCAAGAAUGUUCUGCUGAGUGAUUGAAAUUGGGCCUGGAUCGUUAAAACUCCGUCGCGGGAAAUGGAUGGACGCUGUAAAUGCAUAUUUAUUUGAAUCAGUAUUUUUAAAAAGGGUAGAAGUACAAUUUUCAAAAUUGUUUUAUGCAUUUUUGAACUCUCCGGCUAUCCUUACCAUUUUACUCAUGAAAGCAGCGGUAGUCCACUUCUUUGAACGCAAGUGACAGACGUACAAGAAGGUGAUUGUCAUGUAAAACAAGCGGAAAAUAUGCACCAAAAAAAAAAAAAUUGAAAAUAUAUUUUUUUUAAAAGUUCGACCUCAACCCUUUUUUAAAGAGCUGAUUCAUUUGUGUUUUACUUGAAAAUUUGAAACAAAUUUCUUGAUCUUAGGCAAGCUUACUCUUAACAUUAGGACCAUGGUGAAUUCGUCUUCAUCAUUCUUUUUUUCCAUUGUUCCAUAUUGGAGUGUUGUGGGAUUAAAGGAAAAUUUGACUUAUAUACAUUUUAGUCAUAACUGCACUGUGAAUAAACCGGAUUUUACCGGUUUUUUAUUUUAUGUUGGCUUGGCUCAAAUUUUUCAAGUUUAGACUUUAUUUAGACGCCAGGUGGAAUGUUUGUAAGAAACGUCAUUAGUAUGUUCAUGUUUAUUCCAUUUUUCAAUUUACCUAAGAGAAAUUUUUACCUUAUGUUAGAUGACAGGAACUAAGUAAGCUAAUGACUGUGAAACUCUGCUGUACUCUUUAAUAUUUUUUUACUAACUUCAAUGUAUUUAUUUUUUAUAGGUUCUUGUUGUUUCCUGUCUCAAAAUUUAAUAUUUGGAAGCUAUCUCUUGUUCUGUUUCCUUUCCUGUUUGUUAUUUCUAUCAAAAAGAGAAAAAAAAUAAAAAGAAAGUUGCAAGUACUUAUCAACACGCUGUGUUGGAAGGGCUUGCUCUUGUGUUUCUGAA